GUUGAGCAUCUCAGAGAUGAGGUGGGAGUGUCAAAUGAUGUUGUUGCAGAUGAGGUUGUUGCUAGGGAGGUUGUUGAGGAGGUUGCUAAGGAGGUUGUUGUUGAUGUGGUUGUUGGUGAGGUGGUUGUUGAUGAGGUGGUUGCUACGGUGGUCUGUCCAGUUGUUGUUGUUGCCGAUCCAGUCUCAUAUGUUACCACUGACACAAAUGUUACAACUCCUUCGACCAAGUCCUCUAUACACAUUGAUAGAGGAUUCCCCGGAGGACCCAUUGAUUGGUUGAUGCUUACUGAGUAUGCUUACCAUGUGGCGUUACGACUAUGGCAGAGAGAGGAUCAUAUCCCAUUGAAGGUGACAUCACACAGGUCAAAGUUGAAGGACUUCCCGAAGAUUUCGAUGCCUGAUCAGGUCAGACGAAUUGUAUGGUAUUUUGAGCUCCUUAAUUGUACCCACUGCUCCCUCACCAUGCUCAAUGCUCUACUACUUACUACGUUUGUUGAGAGAUGGCACAAGGAGACAUCUUCAUUUCAUCUUCAGUUUGGGAAGAUGACUAUCAGUUUGGAUGAUGUCUCCUCGCUGUUUUAUCUCCCUAUCAGGGGAAGAUUCUGGACGAAUCAUGUUCUUAACUCGUCGUUUAUAUGUAUGACUGCUACACAAGAUUUAGGAGUUUCUAAAGAGGCUGUGCAGAAGGGGUUUGCCUUCAAUAGGGACACUCAUCUUUAUAUGUCUUGGCUUCAAAAUACGUACGUCGAGCUUGUUGCAGCUGGGAGUUAUGAGGUUGUCGCUAGGAUGUACAUGCUACAUCUAAUAACAUGUACUCUCUUUGCGGACAAUUCAGGUGUUUAUAUUGAUAUGUGUGCAUGUUCAGUAGCCUCGAGGUUACCAAUUGGGCUUAGAGGUGUGUUAUAUUGACCAUUCUGUAUAUUGCACUUGGAGUGGCGAUAAUAUUUGAGAUCAGACAACUUGCUGAUUAUUUGAGUUUGUUAUAGUGUUGGAUAUAUGAGCAUUUCCCCAUCAUUUGUGACGAGUGCAACAUUCCUCAGUGGGGUCCCCACGAACGAAGAGAUGGAGCGCCAAACAAUCACAUCCUGGUGGUGUUGUUGAGUACAGAAGGAAGCUCGAUGCACUGACUGUAGAUGAUGUCAUCUGGAUACUAUACACUAAUCAUAUAGUCCACCGUUAGUUCGACGAGUCUUCAUUAUAUUUAGGUUAUAUGCGGUGGGAGACCAUGAUUGCUAGACACUUGCUUGAGAGGUGUCAGCGAAAAUAUGAAUAUGUUCAAAGUAUCUCACGACCAGUUCCAUAUAGACCAUCUGCGGGCAUUGAUUGGUAGUUUUAGAGUAACUUCAUCAGCUCAGGUCGUGUCAUUAGAGAACGAGCAGUUCUUGUUCAGCAUCCCUCGUAGUGUGAGGAUGGUUACUUAGAGUGGUACCUCACUGUAUCACACCCUUUCAUCAUCCCACCUAUCGAGCCUACAGAUGAUGUUGGACCUUCUGAUGUUGGGGUACCUGUCGAUGACGUGUCACCGUCGCCUCCUACAGCUGACGUCGAUGACCAACAAUGCCUCUAGGGGAUUGUAGUUAUUAUGGAUAACCACAUGGGUUUGGUAAACCCAAAUGGCGAGGUUUAUACUAGAUUAUCUUGGACUGAACACAUAGCCCGUGGGGCCUAUUUAGAUAUUUUUUGCGUAUUAUAUAUUAUUUGUAUAAUUUAUAUAUUACUCAGAUAUCUUCCUCAAAAACAUUUGUAUUAGAUAA